AUGUAUGUGGUAUCUCUUCUGAGCAAUCCAGCAGAACAAGAAAACUGGCCUGAUGCACACCUCGAUAAAACCUUUGCUCAUAGCUUCGUAUCAGAACGCGAUUCUAUCGAUGACCGGGUUGACAGAAUUUCACGCAAGGUCGGCAAAUGCGAAAGCACCGUGACAUCUGUCUGCUAUCUUGACAUGGACGUAGAAAAAUUAAAGCAAGACCCCAUGAGAUUCCUAGGUCUCUUAUACAAUCGUACCAAACAUUCCCCUGAGCAAUGGGCCAAUAUGACAAUUCGCUGCUUGAAAAACACUGGGAUAUGGGUUCUUUGGCCCUCGACUACAACGCCCAUAACCUCAUAA